UUCUCCUCUGACGGUGCCCCAUGCCCAGAGGCAGCAGAUGUCCAACGGCAGCUCCAUCACCCAGUUCCUCCUCCUGCCAUUCGCACACACGCGGGAGCUGCAGCUCUGCCACUUCUGGCUCUUCCUGGGCAUCUCCCUGGCUGCGCUCCUGGGCAACGGCCUCAUCAUCACCAGCACAGCCUGCGACCAGCGCCUCCACACCCCCAUGUACUUCUUCCUCCUCAACCUCUCCCUGCUGGACCUGGGCUGCAUCUCCACCACUGUCCCCAAAUCCAUGGCGAUUUCCCUCUGGGACACCAGGGCCAUCUCCUACACAGGCUGUGCUGCACAGCUCUUUUUUGUUCUCUUUUUCAUUUCAGCAGAGUAUUUUCUCCUCACUGCCAUGUCCUACGACCGCUACGUGGCCAUCUGCAAGCCCCUGCACUAUGGGACCCUCCUGGGCAGCAGAGCUUGUGUCCACAUGGCAGCAGCUGCCUGGGGCAGUGGCUUUCUCACUGCUCUGCUGCACACAGCCAAUACAUUUUCACUGCCCCUGUGCCGAGGCAAUGCUGUGGAGCAGUUCUUCUGUGAAAUCCCCCAGAUCCUCAAGCUCUCACACUCCUACCUCAGGGAAGUUGGGCUUCUUGUGGUUGGUGUCCUGAUUGCUGUUGGCACUCCUACCUCAGGGAAGUUGGGCUUCUUGUG